CCCGGAGGACGAAUUCCGAAACCAAACCGUUCCCGAUUUCUCGGCAAUCGAAGAAAAUCACCUACCUCUUGUGGUGCAACAAAGGAAAGGGUCCCAAUCGAUGCGCCGUGGGACACAAGCCACGAGGCAAAUUGCUUUUCCGCGCGUCUCUUCGUCCGCAAGGAGCCAAGGCGGGAAUGCCAAGAACCCGGAGGGAUACAGCAACACCCCCAUUCGCACCGCGACGAUGGAAUCCGCCGUGACGGAGUGCGGAACGAAACGGACGCGAACGCGAGGCAGCCUCCCCGACGGGGAGAUCGGACCCGGCAGCGGUACUCUUUGCGUCGCCCCGGUCGUCGAAGCCGCCUGCUUCCUGGAGUUCCGGCGGUCGACCCUCCACCGGUUCCCGGCCCUCUCGUGGCUGGGACCCUCGGUCAUGGCCGUGUACUGGUUCAAGGAAUACCUCAACAAGCCGGCGUUUGGCUGGGUCCGCUGCCCGGCAGGGCCGUCCCCUUCCCCACUGCCCACCAAAGACCGAAGGCCCGCGCACCGCCGCCGCCAGCGGGCGCCGCCGGGGCGCCGUUCCGGCGGGCGGUUCUGGUUCGUCCCCGGGCAGUACCUCCGUUCGGGCAAGGGCAUCGCUGUUGCGACCCCGGACCGGGAAAGGGCGGUCCGGGGGGUCCUGGAAGUCGGCACCCCGGGCGUCCACUUUGCGACCUCCUACACCGGCGUGUACAACCUCUUGCGGAGGUACGGGCGGUUCGGGGUGGCGGAUCCGGGCGGGACGGAAGGGGACCGGGGGGGCAAGCGGGCCCGGAGCGACAGGGGCCCGCCGCAGGGGGGGGGACCCCCAGGCAUCGUUCCGUGUGGGUACGCCGGACCCCCCCUGCCCGGCGGGGACCGAGGCCGGCGACCAAGCAGCGCUGUACGAAACUAAAAAAGAAUUACUAGUGUAGAACAGGAAUGAAUGGAUUCGUCUUUU